AAUAAGCGGAGUAAGCGUGAAACAGUUGUGCGAAGAGCAGAUCAAAGAGAUUAGUGUAGAAAUAUUGCGUUAAAUAAUUGAAAUGCUUCAUCUACUGCUGUUCGGGCUAGUGCUGGUCUCGGCCCAUGCUCAUCGGAAUCACAGACAAGUCCGAUAUUCACCGGAGCUUAUCAAUGAACUGCGCGACUUUACGAAACUUAUACCAAGUGUCACCAUCGAUGAACUGGUGGCAAAGCACAUGAUCACCGACUCGGGUUUCCGCAAGGCUGUGAACUUUCUACGCAGUUCCGACUUUAAGCGAUUACAGCAGCGCACAGAGGCCCUGCCAGAGGUCGUGGAGAUAGUCAACUUUGUGCACCUCAACGAUACUGUUGCCGGAUCCAUAGACCGGUAUUGGCCCAUCUACUCCCAGCGCUAUAGAAAUCGUGUCCAGCGUCGCAGUGUGUACAAUGUCCAGGGCGCUCGAUGGGACACCGAGGAGGAGGUGAUUCUAGUGCUCAUGCCGCAAGGGCCUUUAUAUGAAGGGGAAUCAGUGGGUUCCUUUAUCAGCUUUGUGCGGGAUUUACUGACACAUCUGCCUCGUGACCGCUUUGUGGCGCUCAUCAGUGAGAAGCGCCAGCGCAGUCCCCUAUUUGGCAAGUUCUACGAGGCCUUGCGCAGUGCACAGUUCAAAACAAUGGUAGAGGCAGCUAUGAGCUCAAAGAACGUGGCGAGUGUGAUCCGGGAGCUGUCGGACCACGAUAUUGAUGCGCUGAGCCUAAAAGCAAUUGGUUACGAAGUUAUCUCCUGGGGACCAGCCUAAUGGGGGACACAGCUACCCUACAAACUAAUGAAAAUUCGUGUUACAUUCUCUGGAAAGUCUCUCUCUUUCUCUCUGUAUUCAUUUGUGGCCUCCAGUGCCGAUAAACGAUCGAUGGUUUGAAUGGAAGGCAAAGGCAGGCAACAGAAACUAAGCAAAUAAUUCAAUGUGACAGACAAAAA